UUAUAAUUUAGUAAUAUUUUAUGUGACAAAUAUAUAUAUUUCGAUAAAUUUUUUUAUUUUUUUAUUUUGGAGAAAUUUUCUGUUUGGAGAGUUUUAUGUUCAACCAAUGGAAAUUUUAAAGCUGACUUCAUAUCAUAAAUGCAAUUGAAAAAUUUUUGCUCUCUUCUGAAAACUAAUAUAAUUCAUAAAUUAAAUCCGAAUGGCUACAGAACGAUUAUUUGGUAUUAUUCUACAACAUGGUGCGAUUGCUGUAUACGAUAUGGGCAUUAAUGCUCAACAGCUUAAAAAUAUCGAUAUUUCAAACAUGCUUCGCUAACGCUAUGGAAGAUGAAUACGGUUAUCCUUUAAUAUCAAGUCCACCGAUUACCACAUUUUUAAUCGCAACAAGUAUCUACGUUAUCGUCGUCAAUUCCACGAUAUUUCCGCAAUCUUUUCGACAACCAAAACCCAUCUUUAUGUGUUUGUACGAGUUUCUAGUAACAGCGUUCUUUUUGGAAUUUGCAAUCGCCUGUUUAUGGACGCCGAUAGACGUACUCAUCUUAAGCACGUUGCCAAAGAAUAUUUGUCAUGUAACGUAAUGAUGUCUGCCCUUUUAUUUUUAUUUUAAUAACAUAAUAUUUUAUUAAUAAAACGCCUCUUGGUGAUAUGCUUAAAAAUCUCUGCUUCAAAUUAGAAUACUUUGUGCAUUUGUAUACAUGAAGAUUUUAAUUAAAUUUUUAUAAUUAAUUCAUGCAAAAGUUUAUACUCACUAAAACUUAACUUGAGCAGACACUUAGUCGAUUGGGAUUGGAAAAUGCAGCCCAAGUAUUGAACGCGAACAAAUCAUCCAUGACGAUUUUUACAAAUGGAAUAGCAACAACGAUUCUUUUUAUUACUCUUCAUGUUACAAGAGCCGUCGAUUUCAAGGAGCUUACGUGAGUUGGGAAAAGUUUUGUUCUAAAAGUUUUCCUGUUAUCAGUAUUAUAGCAUAAAUAUUGCAGAAUCCGUAUCUAUUAUUCUGAAAAUUACUAAGUCAAACGUUGACGCUCUUAUUAAAAAUUGCUCUAUGAAUUUGGAUUUAUAUUGUUUCAAAAAAUAAGCGGUUCACGCAACGUAAAUUAAUCAUAAAUUUAGGGAUAACGGAAUAAUGUAUUUCCUAUCGCACUUGAGAACGAAACUGUGGCAACGUAUACGGAGCGAACUUCCAGAAGCUAAGAAUAACAAAGAAAAUAAAGGUCGUCGCAAAACAAUCGCAGAAAAAACUGUAGUAAAAAAUCGUGCGAACAAUCAACGCAGAUAGAUCUUUAAUAUCGUUAAAAAUUCUCGCCACGGAAGAUGGAAAUUAUACUCUAAUCGAGGUUCUUUCUAAAUCUAUAACGAUGCAGAAAGGGAUGAUAUAAUUUCGAUCUAAUGGAAAUAAAUUUGCUUUCCACAACAUUAUCAUUCCAUCAACCGUUUUAUGAAAAAGAAGGCAUUUAUUUCGUUCGAACUGAAGUGUAAAGUACAAAUGGUAUAGAUAAUAUAGUGGUAAUAAUGUAAUAAUUAUAAUCGUUAAUAAAUAUCAAUUUAAUUAAUAAUACGGUGUGUCCCAGUAUAUACUGCAGGUUAUUAAUAUUAAUAUUAUUAUAAUUAUAUAUAUAUGGUAAUUGUACUAAUGGGAUGUGUUCAGUGGCAGCGUUACAUUAUGUAGUAAUAUGUAUAUCUUACAGUGAUCUCUCUCUUUUCAUCGACCGACAGAUAAUGCCAUUUCUCUUUCUUUUUUUUUUUUUUUUUCGCUCUACGAUCAUUGUCUAUGCUUCGCUUCGAAAGGGCACUAUAAUCCAUGAGAUUAUGAAAGAACAUCUCUCGUAAAUAUUAAUAAAUUGCUUGGAAUUAUAAGGGUCGAUUGUCUUUCGAGCUUCAUUUUUUAAUGAAUUGUUUUCUUUUUUAAUAUCGCGCAGUGCAAUAUUUUAAUAAAUUAAUUUUUAAUCUCACCAACUUUUUUCUCUAUGCAGAAUAUAUUUUUCGCAGAUGUGUCAAUGCGUUUUGCAUCUGUUUCUUUUCUUGUAUGAUAAAAAUCUAAGAGAAAAUUUAAAACAGAUCAAGAAAAAAAAUUUUUGAUAUUAUACAGGGUGUUCAUUUAAUUUUUAUAAAAAUAAUAAUUUAAUUUUUAAAUAAACAUUUAAAAAAAGGUGAAAACAGCUAUCUAGAGCCAAAGCCUACGAAAAAUUAAUGAAAACGAGGUGUUCUUUCUUGCUCUCCAUGAGAUUUGAUGAAACGGACUAGUGCCUCUUCAAUUUUUACGUCUUUUUUUUUCUCAUCUGUCUCUCUCAUCUCCAUCUCUUUGAAACUGUGAACGGAAUUUGGUUACAUUAAUUAUAUGUACGAGUUUCACUCGCGCUCGGCCCUAUAGUACCCCGCUUACAAAGUAUAUCUUUGUGCACGAUUGGGCAGUGCUCAGAGAAAGGGUUGAGGAUAUGUAGGAUGAGCGUAAUCUUUCCUUCUUUUUAUAUUUCGCGAGGAAUGGAGGUGUCGAGAAGAGUAACACCGAUUUCGAUAAAAUUUAAUGUAAAAUGAGAUCUUCUUUUAAAAAAUUCCGUAAGUACGUACUUAGACGGUCAAUUCCCCUGUAUUACAAAAGGGAACAUUCGAACUAAUUCGCGCCUUCGUUUACAGUGCCAAUUUUCUGGAAUUACAUGUACGAAUCAAGCAAACAUAGAGCCUAAUCUAACGACAAUAAAUAACUUUGAGCCGAAUCUUUUUACUAUUAAUUACAUUAAUCGCAACGAGAUUGCGUUUUGGAAUGGAUUUGGGGAACGUGUCGUUACUUUAAUUUUUCUUCUUUCCUUCCCUCCAUUAUUUUUCGAUUCUUUUAUUUUCUUUCGAUUUUUCUUUCUCAUCGUAAAUCUUCAACACCGUUCGUUAAAAGUAAGUACGAGUAAAGUCAGUCGGUCGCAAAUGAAAUUGUGUUUCUUGUCUCGCGGAUUCUCUUUCUUGAUUUAUGGACUUCUUGAAGAAAGAUCUCACGCAAAAAUUGAAACCGAUAUAACUUCGGCGAGUUAAAUUUUCAAUGCCACAGACACUUUAUACGCAUAAUCGUCGACUUUUAUAAGUGACAUAUAAUGUUACAUAAUCUUAUAUAUAGAUACGUGAGUUAUAUAUAGUAUAAAUUAUUUUAGAUUAUCUUUUUUUCGUAUGUCUACCAUAUCAAAAUUUGAAUUUAUUGCGAGAUUCUACUGAAAUAAUUUAAAAACAUAUUAUGAAAAUAUUUAAAGGAGACAUUGUGUGUAAAGAUACCCAAAAGAUGUAUAAUAUUAAUCUUUCAGAGGCGUGUAUUUUAAAUGUCUUUAAGAUAUAUCAUAUAUGUUUAUUGAUAUACCGGUUUCAAUCUCUGCAUUCCUUCAACUAUACUUUGAAACUUUAUAUUCCAUCUCUUGCUAUCGUCGCGCUAAUCCUUCGCGAAGUUUUUACGCAGAAUUCUCGAGGUGUACGGGUCGAGCGAACGGAGGAGACUUCGAGCCUCGUCGACGCACAGACACGCAAUCAAUCGCUAUCGCAAGUUUUUGCGUAAAACGAAAAGGCUGUUUCGGGAUGUGCAAAAUCAACUGUAGUAUCAAUUUAUACGAAAAUUUAGUUAUGUGAAAUCUGCUUAGAACAAUUCACUCCAGAGAUCGAAAUUGACAUUUAACGACCGAAACAUUUUUCUUGUAUUUAGAUUAAUUGAGAUCUAUUAUUUUGGAUAAUAUGUUUAAAAUAAAAGGACCAGAAUUUUUACUUUUAUCUUGAUCCUCGAGUCGAACGAGCGAUCGAUCGCAUAUCAUCGACGUGUUUAUUCGUAUAAUCAGGCUGUCUUUCCUUUUUUUUUU